AUGUUACACCUUACGGCCAACGCCCUGCGCUCUCUAUCCAAAUCCGUAUCAUCAGAAGUGGCCCUUUUUUGCAGUAUAUUUUUUAACUAUUGCAAAUUUUUCCUUUCCACAGCUGAUUUCAUCCACCCAUGCAACAACACAGAACCAGCCUGCCUGAUUAAAGCGACGCAGGAUGCAAUACCACAGUUCUGUAAGGGUCUCCCACAUCUUGGAGUGCCGCCCUUAGACCCGUUUGUCAUUGAUGAGCUCCCGAUACAGCUGCCCGGAAUCAAAGUUACGUUUUACGAGGGUAAAGCGACGGGACUACGGAAAUGCCAAGUUUUGAAUGUUGAGGCUUAUUUAGAAAAGAACGUGUUUAUAUUGGAAGUGCGAUGCAACAUCACAAUCAAGGGCAAAUAUACCGCAGUGGGAAGACUUCUACUCUUCCCAAUCAAUGGAGAAGGAGACUCGAAGAUCAAAAUAGUAAAUUCUAUAAUAAAGCUGAAUAUCAACACGAAAUACUUCAAGGACGCCGAAGGCCGAGAUCACUUUGGUAUCAAGAACUAUAAAUACACUUUUGAUUACGGCGAGAGGAUUGUCUACACAAUCAACAACCUUUUCAAAGGCAACCCUGAAUUAAGUAACACAGUGCUACAGUUCCUGAACGAAAAUUGGAGAAUAGUGACUGAAGAAUUUGGACAACCUGUUGUGGAUUUUGCGCUAAAUGUGACUGUCAGCACUGCGAAGAAAUUCUUCGAUGCUGUACCCUACGACGAACUACUCAAUGUGCCUAUACCGAAGUAUUAAAUAAUCAAAUAAAACAAAUUAUGUUAUAAUACUUUAAUUAAAUAUAGAUGUGUAGGUUCGUG